GACGCGCAGCAUUAUGGCACCACUUGGACUAAAAGCCAUUGUUGGAGAAAAGAUAAUGAAUGAUGUCAUCAAGAAGGCAAGAGAAAAAGGAAAAUGGAAGGUGCUGGUGGUGGACAAGCUGAGUAUGAGGAUGAUUUCCUCCUGCUGUAAGAUGACAGACAUCAUGUCAGAGGGAAUCACAAUUGUAGAAGACAUAAGCAAGCGGCGUGAGCCUCUUCCCAGCAUGGAGGCCAUAUACCUGAUCACACCUUCAGAUGAGUCCGUUGAGGGUCUGAUUGAUGACUUCAGAGACCCGCAGUCUCCCAGGUACCGAGGAGCUCACGCAUUCUUCACCGACACGAUCCCAGACUCAUUGUUUGGACUGUUGACCAAAUCCCGCGCCUCCAAAGUCAUGAAGGCCUUGACUGAGAUCCAUGUUGCCUUUCUGCCCUAUGAAUCUCAGGUCUUCUCUCUGGACAAAGCUGAUGCCUUUCAGGACUUCUACAGCCCCUUCAAGGCUGACGUGAAGAACAACAUGCUGGAGCGUUGUGCUGAGCAGAUUGCAACCCUCUGUGCCACACUAAAAGAGUAUCCUGGAGUCCGAUACAGAGGGGAGUACAAAGACUGUGCAGUUCUGGCCCAGAUGCUUCAGGAGAAGUUAGACGGCUACAAGGCUGACGACCCCUCCAUGGGAGAGGGUCCAGACAAGUCUCGUACUCAGCUGCUCAUUCUGGAUCGUAGCUUUGAUCCUGUGUCACCUCUCCUGCAUGAGCUCACCCUGCAGGCCAUGUCCUACGACCUGCUGGGCAUUGAGAACGACGUCUACAGUUUUGAAACCAGUGGCAUGGGAGAGACAAGGAUAAAGGAGGUAUUGCUGGAUGAGGAUGACGACCUGUGGCUGACUCUGAGACACAAACACAUUGCAGAAGUGUCAACGGCUGUGACUCGUUCUCUGAAAGACUUCUCUGCCAGCAAAAAGAUGAACACUGGAGAAAAGACCACCAUGAAGGAGUUGGCUCAGAUGCUGAAGAAGAUGCCUCAGUAUCAGAAAGAGCUCAGCAAGUAUUCAACCCAUCUCCACCUGGCUGAAGACUGUAUGAACCGCUACCAGGGCACUGUGGACAAACUAUGUCGUAUAGAACAGGAUCUGGCGAUGGGCAUAGAUGCAGAGGGAGAGAAGAUCAAAGAUCCCAUGAGGCUCAUUGUACCCAUUCUACUGGAUGCCAACGUCACUGUGUCUGACAAAAUCCGCAUCAUCCUGCUCUACAUCUUUCUUAAGAAUGGUGUGACUGAGGAGAACCUGUGUAAGCUCCUGCAGCAUGCCAACAUCCCACCAGAGGACAGUGACAUCAUUUCCAACAUGGCCCACAUGGGCAUUCCCAUUGUCUCUGAGGGCAUCGUCAAAAAAGCCAAGAAGCCCGAUCGUAAGGAGCGAAUCAGUGAGCAGACUUACCAGCUCUCCAGGUGGACUCCUCUCAUGAAGGAUCUCAUUGAGGAUGCCAUUGAGGAAAAACUUGACCCCAAGCAGUACCCGUACAUUUCCCAACGACAAGCAUCUGCCAAAGCCAGCGCUCCCUCAAGCGCUCGCUAUGGUAACUGGCAUAAGAACAGGGGCCCCACAGAGAUGAAGACGGGGCCCAGGAUCAUUGUCUUUAUUAUCGGAGGGAUGACUUACAGCGAGAUGCGCUGCGUGUACGAGGUCACCCAGGCCAACGGCAAGUGGGAGGCCCUGAUCGGUUCCACCCAUAUUCUUACCCCCCCUAAGUACUUAAAGGAACUACAGCACCCAGACUUCCUGGACCCCAACGCCCCUCCAGAUGGCACAGAGGGCACAGAGGAGCCGCCUGCAGAAUGAAAAGACAUUUGGAAGUAAAUAAUGAUCAACUGAAAUCUUCACCCCUUCUCGCCUUCUGAAAGCCCUCAAAGACUUGGAGAACGUUCAGCAAAACAGUUAAGAAGUCCCUGUGGUCCCCCCUCAGCAGUCACAACAAACUGAUGACUUUUCCUUUCAUCCCACUGCCAUGACGCAUCACAUUUACUCUUCAUGUUGAAUACCAUUCAGUUGCUGGUAACUCAGAAACCAAACUGUGUUUUAAAUGUUAUGAGUGUAUUGUUGAUCAACGUUUGUUGGACGAGAUUGGAUUUCUGUUGAAUGUUGUCUACUGUAUAUUGUGGCAAGUUUAUUUCUUUGGAAAAUACAUGUAUUUUAAUUAGUUUAGAUGAUAGGAUGAGAUUCAGGGAAUAUAGGCUACAAAUGAAAACGGGUAGAAAAGUAAACUGGAACAAUUAUUUCACUGUUUCACAGUUAUAGCAAAACAAAAUGUUUUUCAUUGAAGACUUCUGGAUUUGACACAUUAUCUGUAGAUAUUCUAUAGCUUAUAGUGCUUUCCUUACAGUAGCAACGCCAUACUGUACAAAUCAUCAGACGUGAUGUGUCUGACCUUGAAAAUGCCAACGUAAAGGUAUAUUUAGCUGUAGUAAGUAUUUAAAAAGAUAAAUAUAAAGUAUAGUUGGAUUGUUUUAUUGCAUCGUGCCAGUAUACAGCAGUGUAUUUCUUCCUGUAGAGAUUCAGUUUGCUUUUGGUUCCCUGUGUUUGACCAUAAUGAUGUAAUUGGUUAUUAUUGUGUAGUGAUUCUCUGUAACUAGUAAUCCAUUGUGUAUGAAGAGAGACAUCAGUAUUAUGACUGCUAAGUAUGUGCUUGUAUGUCCACAUCCAUGAACGCUACUGGCUGCAGGAUGUGAUUUAGCAAAUAAAGUGGCUUCCAUUAAACUCUUAAUUUAGUUGUUUCUAAAGUCUGCUCUCUACCCUGUGAGGUCAAAAGGUCAUGAGCUCUCCAAAGUACAAUGUUUGUGGAUACAGCAUAUUGCAUGUAGUAAAUU